AUGGAGAGCCGCCGCGUUCCCUGCGCGUGGGCCAUUGGCCUCGCACUUGCCGCCCAUUAUUCGGAGGCAUACACUGUCGACAGCAUCUUUGGCCUAUCCGAAAUCGCAGAUAAAAUCGACACGGCUUCCAUGCUCCAGCCUUCGGGGUUGACCGCACGCGGCACGUGCCCAGAGUAUCCUAGUCCGUACGGGCCGGCCAUGAACUGUGGCCGCACAGUCAGGCAGUGCGGCGUCCUCGCCAUCGACACAGGACUUGGUACAUACGGUGGGCUAGGCGGCGCGAUUGACAAAGACAAUGCCAACUCGGGCGAGACCGACCAGACAAACCCGCCGUAUGAGCUCCCUGGCGCCAAGGUGCACGGCCUCUGGUUUGAAGGGCCGCCCUAUGGCGACAGCUACUGCUGGGACAUUUACGGCACCUCAAACAGCUACAUCCCUGGCGAAGAGUGGGUCCUGCCCGAGUACCCCGGCACCGCCCAAUCCUGCGAGGACCAGGACUGGGUCUUUGACCCGGAAGCGUACUGCGCAUCCAACAAGUGCGACAGUGCUUAUGCCAUUCCUUCGUGCUACAAUGAGCUCCCGUCUUGCUACAACUCGUACAAGGGCCCGAUCGCGAGUAAGCUCGAGACGCGCUACAUGUUGUGGUUCGUCAACCACGAGUGGCGCAAGCACGGCACUUGUGGUAAGGAGUCCCCGGAGUCCUACUUCGACCAGAUCUGCGCGCUAUCACAGCCAAUCGUUGAAAAGGUGAACGAGUUGCGCGCCGCCGGGAUGAGCGACUACACAUUCCUCGACGACAUCGCGUGCCAAGUCGAUUUCAUGAGCGACGACAUCGAGCUAUUCUCGCACGGCCGAAACACAGAUGGGCCCGAGGGCCGCUCCAACGGCGAGUUCAUGGCCCCAGUCGCUAAGUUCGAGCAGGUGUGUGGCGACCCAACCUUCGACCGGCUGUGA